GAGUCCAGACCAGGCGGAAUUUCCGCUAUGAGAAAACACGUUUAUUCGUUAAUCGAAACUCAAGUGCCUGAUCGAAAUGAAUAAGCGAUAAACACUGCAUCGAUCUAUUGGCUCAAAAACAAUUGAUUCGUUUCGAAUGAAUAAAAUUGAUAGUUCUCCAAAAGGUUCUUUUGGCUGUCUUUUAAGGGUAAAGGCAAAAUCGUCCAAUACAACGCCCAGAUCCUCUGACGGUUCCCUAAUGGAUCAUCCAUUACCAGAAAUCGAUCCACUAGAAGCUGCAAUUCUAUCUAACAAUCGACGAUCCUCUAGCUCAAAAGAUCCUAGUCCAGCGCUACCGAGAAAUUGUCUUAAUUUACAAGCCAAACCUGUGAACGAAACGAAUCGGUCCCUACCUAGCAGUCCCAAGGAGGCAAAGAAUUUUGUUUUAUCUGAUUUUGCGAGAAACGCUAUAGAUAAUGGAGAAACCAGUAGCGAGGAUGAGAUACAAACUGUGCGGUCAAAUGAAAGAAAGUGCGUGCGUAAUUCUUCGCUAAGAUCUUCUCCAGAUCACCAUAACAAAGAGGAUAUACCUAUAAUAUUUGUGGAAUCUCCCAGUAAACGUCUGUUUUGCAAUUUAUGUGGGAACGUGUUCACUGAACCAGUUAUUGUAUCCUGCGGGCAUACGUUUUGCAAAGAUUGUGUAGAGACGAAAUCAAACGAAAAUUGUCCAGUUGAUUCUACACAACUAGAAGUCGUAGCAAAGAAUUUAACAGUUGCAGAACAGAUCGGAGAACUUUUAAUUAGAUGUCGCUACGGAUGCCUAAAAGACGCAAGCAAUCGUUGGGAUAUUGAUAAUCAGGGUUGCCUCUUUACAGUUCGUCUUAUAGCCAGAAAGAUCUCGAUGAACACUUGCGAAAUUGUGAAUAUGCUGAAUGUCCUCAUAAGAAAUAUGGGUGGGUGCAAGUUCUGUGGUACUGCUACUGAAUUAGCGGCUCAUAUGGCUAAUUGCCAAUUCGAAAGUGUUAAGGACUACCUUAGAGUCGUAGAUGAGCGAAUUAAUGAAUUACAGAAUCAAGUGUCAAAUAGAGAGAACGAAAUUGAAUUUCUACACUCUAUGUUGGGUAAAGUUUGCGAAAGAAUGGAUACUUUCGAAAACACUUUGAAAACCUAUGUAGAAUUAUCUAAUGAGAAAUCUGAUGAAGUUGUAAAAGCAAUGAAACGUCAAGACCAACAGUUGAAUAAUUUAGACAAAGACGUUUACAAUGUCAUGGAAAAACUUAAUCAAGGUCUAAAUGCCACAUUCGAUCCUCUGCAAGUUAUUAAAUGUAAAGGAACUUUGGUUGGGCAUAAUGGACCGGUUUGGUGUCUUUACGUUCAUCAGGAGCUACUCUUUAGUGGAUCCUCUGAUAAAACAAUCAAAGUAUGGGAUACUAGUGUUAUUAACUACAAGUGCAUUUCAACUCUAGCUGGGCAUGAAGGAAUUGUUUUGGCAGUUUGCGUUUGUUCGAAUAAACUAUAUAGUGGCUCCCAAGAUUAUAAUAUUAUAUCUUGGGAUUUAAAUAAUCUUGAAUUACAACAAAUUAUACCUGCACACGAUGAUGCAGUAUGUACUCUUGCUGCUGUUGAUAAUCGUCUGUUCAGUGGUUCAUUGAAAGAAAUACGAGAGUGGGAUGCUAGCACAAAUCAAUUGCGCAGAGUUAACAAAUUAACUGGACUUGAUCAUUGGGUGAGAGCAUUGGUUGCGAAUCAUUCGUUCCUUUACGCAGGAUCCUACGACACAAUUAAAGUUUGGAACUUGAGUAAUAUGGAAUGCGUUCUCUCAAUUUACGUGCCCAGUGGUAGUAUUUAUAGCUUAGCUAUAACAGACACGUAUAUCUUAUGUGGAACAAACGAGAAAGAUAUUCACGUUUGGGAAAGAAAAUGCGGAACUUUUGUACAAUCUCUAAAAGGUCACACAGGAACUGUCAACAACUUGGCUGUCGUACACAUGUCAUCGGGGAUGAAGGUUAUCAGUGCCUCUUACGAUCAGUGUUUAAGAGUGUGGAGUCUUGAUAACCUUAUUUGUACUCAAACUCUUGCACGACAUCAAGGAAGCGUUGCUUGUUUGGCUGUAUCUAGAGGUCGUGUAUUCUCCGGGGCAGUUGACGGUCAAGUGAAAGUCUGGCAGUAA